CGAACGAUUAUUUGACAACUUCCCAAUCAAACCUUCGCUGCUCUUUGCUGUUCGUGCACUGCUCCAGAUUUGCUGCCCUUCCCAGCCAAGCCCAUUGGCCCUCCAGUCCAGUGGGACCAUGAUGCUCAGUAGUUCUGUGGAGGUGCCCAGCCCAGGCGGGAUGAGCAGCCUUGGCGGGCUUACGGAUGCAGCCCGGAACGUGGUGCGCUCCUCCAGCAUCUCGGGGACUAUGUACAACCUGGAGAAGAGCCCUGGCAGUGGAAGCUCGGACUCUGCAUCGUUGGCUGGCACCAAGAAACGGAGAUCCAGUCUAGGUGCCAAGAUGGUGGCCAUUGUAGGGUUGUCACAGUGGAGUAAAAGCACACAGCAACUCAACCAGCAAGACGGCGGAACAAAGAAGCUUCGCAGCGCCAUCCGACGGAGCACAGAGACCGGCAUCGCCGUGGAGAUGAGGAACCGUGUGACACGACAAGGGAGCAAGGAUUCAACUGAUGGCAGCACCAACUCAAACAGCUCGGAUGGAACGUUUGUCUUCCCUACCACACGCCUGGGACCAGAGAGCCAGUUUAGCGACUUUCUGGACGGACUGGGCCCCGCUCAGAUUGUAGGCCGGCAAACACUCGCUACACCCCCUAUGGGGGAUGUCCACGUAGGUGUGUUAGACAGAGGGGGGCAGCUGGAGGUGGAGGUCAACCAGGCCAGGGGGUUGAUCCCCAAACCAGGCUCCAAGAACAUGCCAGCAACGUAUGUCAAGGUGUACGUCCUGGAAAAUGGCAUUUGCUUGGCCAAGAAGAAAACCAAAGCAGUGAAGAAGAAUCUGGAUCCUACCUACCAGCAGGCUCUAUUGUUUGAUGAGAGUCCUCAGGGCAAAGUCCUCCAAGUAAUAGUUUGGGGGGAUUAUGGGCGUAUGGACCACAAGUGCUUCAUGGGAAUGGCCCAGAUCCUUCUGGAGGACUUGGACCUGUCUGCCACAGUCAGCGGUUGGUACAAGCUGUUCCCUACCUCCUCUCUGGCCGAUCCCAGCAUCGGACCCCUUACCAGACGCCUCUCCCAAUCCUCUCUGGAGAGCGCCACCAGCCCCUCGUGCACCUAAACACUGAGUGAAAAUGCACCUGAAUGCACAUGUACAGAGGCAUACAGACGUGGACAUGCGUACUGUACAUACACAACGACUGUAUUUGAGAUGCAAAACAGGUAGACAUACACACACACACCCAUGCGCACCUGUGCAGGGAGCCACAUUUCAUCCAUG